GAUGUUUUUGUUAUCGACGAAUUCUGAACAGGAUCGGACGACUAUGUCGGUUAUAAAUUUAACAUUCUUCUCGAUUUCGAUACAUUUUGUAGUGUCCACAGUUAGCGAAGGACGUUACGUAAUUUGUUGAACGGCAAUCAUCAUGGCUAAGGUACCCAAUGUCAAGUUCAACAACGGAGAAGUUUUUCCCGCCUAUGGUCUAGGCACAUGGAAGUCAAAGCCUGGUGAUGUUACUCAAGCUGUGAAGGAUGCCCUCGACAUCGGCUACCGUCACAUCGAUUGCGCCCAUGUCUACGGAAACGAACCAGAAGUAGGUGCUGCCUUGAAGGCCAAACUUGCCGAUGGCACAGUCAAACGUGAAGACAUCUACAUCACCAGCAAACUCUGGAACACCUUCCACAGACCUGACUUGGUAGAACCAGCCGUUAGAACCACAUUGAAGAACUUGGGUCUUGAGUACUUGGACUUGUACUUGAUUCACUGGCCUUUUGCUCUUAAGGAAGACGGAGACCUUUUCCCAGUAAAUGCCGAUGGCAGCACAGCCUACAGUACCGUGGAUUACGUGGACACAUGGAAAGCCAUGGAGGCUCUAGUCAAGAAGGGUCUUGUCAAAUCAAUUGGUAUUUCCAACUUCAACAAACGUCAAACUGAACGUAUUCUCGCCAACUGUACAAUCAAACCAGUUACCAACCAGGUUGAAAUCCACCCAUACUUAAACCAACAAAAACUCAUCGACUAUCUCGAAUCCAAAGACAUCGUCGUCACAGCCUACAGCCCAUUGGGAUCACCCGACAGGCCAUGGGCCAAACCUGGUGACCCACAACUUUUGGAUGACCCUAAAAUCAAGAAGAUCGCCGAUAAAUACAAUAAGACUCCCGCUCAGGUAGUCUUGAGGUACGCCGUUCAAAGAGGAUUGAUCGUCAUUCCAAAAUCCGUAACCAAAUCCAGGAUUCAACAGAACUUUAACAUCUGGGACUUCAAUCUCACCAACGCAGACGUUGCUGCCCUCAACAGUUUCGACUGUAAUGGCAGAAUCUGCCCAUAUGACGAUGCCGUUACCCACAAGGACCAUCCAUUCGUCAACGAUGAAUACUAAACUGGAAAAACAACAAACAUUCAUUAUUACAUUACUCAAAAUGUAAUGAUAAAAAAAUCUUCAAUUUUAUAUUAAAAUAUAUUUUGUGUUAAUA